GGGCAGGGGGUGGGCGGCGCGGGGCUGCGCGGGGAGGCACGCGCACGCCCCACGCACGCACGCCCGACGCACGCGCUUCGGGGAAGGAGGUCGCAGCUCCACAACCCGCCCCGCCCCAGUCUCGGCCCGGCUGGAGCUUCGCAGGGCCGGGAAGCUGGUCGCGGCGCUGGGCUGUCCGUGCAGGUGGUCUCCGCGGCCGCCUCCCCCACAGCGCCGUCUCCAGGCCGCCCAGUUUAGGAGCCGGCCCCGCCCACACCGCUGUCUCGGCUGUGGCAGCCUCGUUCGGCCUUUGCCCCGAGAAGACUUUCACCCUGGCCCCUGGGAAGACCUCAUCCAGCGGGGCCUGUCAGCAGCACCUGGGCCUGGCUCGAGAGCGACCUGGGGGCUCUUCCUGCAGACUCUUUUUUCCCGAGGAUCCUGUUAAGAUUGUCCGGGCCCAAGGGCAGUACAUGUACGAUGAACAGGGGGCAGAAUACAUCGAUUGCAUCAACAAUGUGGCUCACGUUGGGCACUGCCACCCUCUCGUGGUCCAAGCAGCACAUGAACAGAACCAGGUGCUCAACACCAACAGCCGGUACCUGCAUGACAACAUCGUGGACUAUGCGCAGAGGCUGUCAGAGACCCUGCCGGAGCAACUCUGUGUGUUCUAUUUCCUGAAUUCUGGGUCAGAAGCCAAUGACCUGGCCCUGAGGCUGGCUCGCCACUACACGGGACACCAGGAUGUGGUGGUAUUAGAUCAUGCAUAUCACGGCCACCUGAGCUCCCUGAUUGACAUCAGUCCCUACAAGUUCCGAAACCUGGAUGGCCAGAAGGAGUGGGUCCACGUGGCACCUCUCCCAGACACCUACCGGGGCCCCUACCAGAAGGACCACCCCAACCCAGCUGUGGCCUAUGCCAACGAGGUGAAACGUGUGGUCAGCAGUGCACAAGAGAAGGGCAGGAAGAUUGCAGCCUUCUUCGCUGAGUCUCUGCCCAGUGUGGGAGGGCAGAUCAUACCCCCCGCCGGCUACUUCUCACAAGUGGCAGAGCACAUCCACAGGGCCGGAGGGGUCUUUGUUGCAGAUGAGAUCCAGGUUGGCUUUGGCCGAGUAGGCAAGCACUUCUGGGCCUUCCAGCUGCAAGGAAAAGACUUCGUCCCUGACAUCGUCACCAUGGGCAAGUCCAUUGGCAAUGGCCACCCUGUUGCCUGUGUGGCCACAACCCAACCUGUGGCAAGAGCAUUUGAAGCCACCGGCGUCGAGUACUUCAACACGUUUGGGGGCAGCCCAGUGUCCUGCGCUGUGGGACUGGCUGUCCUGAAUGUCUUGGAGAAGGAGCAGCUCCAGGCUCACGCCAGCAGUGUGGGCAGCUUCCUGAUGGAGCUCCUCGGGCAACAAAAAAUCAAACAUCCCAUCAUCGGGGACGUCAGGGGUGUUGGGCUCUUCAUUGGCGUGGAUCUGAUCAAAGAUGAGGCCACAAGGACACCAGCAACCGAAGAGGCUGCCUAUUUGGUAUCAAGGCUGAAGGAGAACUACAUUUUGCUGAGCACUGAUGGCCCUGGGAGGAACAUCCUGAAGUUUAAGCCCCCAAUGUGCUUCAGCCUGGACAAUGCACAGCAUGUGGUGGCAAAGCUGGAUGCCAUCCUGACUGACAUGGAAGAGAAGGUGAGAAGUUGUGAGACGCUGAGGCUCCAGCCCUAAGCCAGCCUGCUCUGCCUAAGUGUACACUCCAGAAGAAACUCAUCUCAUUCAAAUACACGCUAUUGAGAAGGUGACCCUGAUCUCCCUCUUACAGAUAAAGCCAGCUUUCAGAGGCUCAGGGUGGUGGUGGGGCCUGCCUGAGGCCAUAAUGCUACCCACCCCCUCUUCCUAACCACUGGUCUGCUGUUGGGAUAGGCCAGACAUCUGCAUCCCCUCAAGUCAAUUUCCUUUUUGUCCACUGGGGGUGGGUUCGGGUAGGGUGGGGUACUUGCAAGUGCUACUGCUUCAGUAAGUUAGACCAGACCAGUGUAUUUCUAAGGAAAAUCCUGAUACACACCCCCAUUAAAAAUAGUACAUUUUA